AGAAUAGGAAGGUAGGAUUAAACGGAGACGCCGUCGUGGUAAACGCCGGUGGCUCCGACCCCCAAUCAUGACACACCGCCACCGCCCUUUCCAGUUCCAGAAGUCCCUCCUCGUCGGGUCUCUGCAAAACACUCUCGUCUUUCUCUUUCAUAAACGGUGACAAUUCCGUUUGUGGGUCCUCUUGCUGCCCUUAGUGUUCGUUGAAUAAAAUCCGAUAACCAUGAGGCGGGGCUGCAGCAUCUCUCUUCCCGUGCUCGUGGUUUUUUCGGCUAGUUGCUACAUUUAUUACACCACCGUCUUUAUCUUCAUAGACGACUGGUUCGGUAUCAGUACGUCUUCGGGUCUCUUGAACGCCUUCAUUUUAACUGUCACAGCUUGCAUGUGCGUCUUCAAUUACGCCGUUGCCAUCCUGAGGGACCCAGGCCCUGUUCCACCUAGCUUCAUGCCCGACAUUGAAGAUGCCGAGACUCCGAUCCAUGAGAUCAAGCGCAAGGGUGGGGAUCUGAGAUAUUGCCAGAAGUGUUCUCUCUUUAAGCCUCCUCGUGCCCAUCAUUGCCGUGUUUGUAGGAGAUGUGUUUUGCGAAUGGACCAUCAUUGCAUAUGGAUUAAUAACUGUGUGGGCCAUGCUAACUACAAGGUUUUCUUUGUCUUUGUGACAUAUGCUGUAAUCUCAUGCAUCCACUCCCUGGUAUUGCUUGUGGGUAGUGCCACUCAUGAUGCUCAGAAAGAUGAGCAGCAGAGUGAAGGCUCAAUUAAAACUGCCUAUAUCAUAUCUGGUGUACUGCUAGUUCCUUUGACAGUAGCAUUAAGUAUCCUCUUGGGUUGGCAUAUAUACCUCAUUUUGCAUAACAAGACAACAAUUGAGUAUCAUGAAGGAGUAAGAGCAAUGUCUCUUGCGGAAAAGAUUGGGAAUGUCUACAGGCAUCCUUAUGACCUUGGUCCCUAUGAAAAUCUGACAUCGGUGCUGGGCCCAAGCAUUUUCACCUGGAUAUGUCCCAUGUCAGGACACAUGGGCUCAGGCCUCCGGUUCCGAACUGCCUAUGAUCAGACAAAUUUCAUAUCGACUUCAAGAUAGACGAAGCUGCUAGUCUCUGGACUCCGGGGGCGAGUUACUCUUGAUGUGGAUGAAAUGCAGUUGGGAUGUGAAACAAAGGCGGGUAUUUCAUUUCAACCACUGUAGAAUGUAAAUUACUGCUUGUGCAUUCCCAUAUUCCUGUGAUUGGAUCAAAUCAGAGGGCUCAUGUUCAUCAUUAUACAGAGAAGCCAAAUCUUCAAGAGUUUAUGAAGCUGUUACUGAACACAUUAGGUCUGAUGUUUGUAGAGAUACAUUUUUACAUCGAGCUUGUCAAAUAACUUCGGCUGAUUUAUGACACCAUGUAGAGGGGGAUUUCAUUUGUCCCCGCUUACUCACUAGUCUUGAUAAGGGGAUUGAAGAAUUCCCUGCAACAAGCUGAUUUAUUCUUUGUGUUUU